UCACCCCCGCACCGGCCCGCACCCAUCCGCCUGGAUAUAUAUACAGAUUACAUGUAGAUUAUUAUAGUUUUUGAUAUUGCGAUGCAAUGCACGUAUUAAAAUAGCAACGAAUGUACAACAAAAUUUUCGUUUCUUUCAUUUCACUGAAUGUAAAAGGGGAAAAGUCAUGGUAAAUGUCACAAAAGGAAUUUUGGUUGAAUGCGAUGCAGCUAUGAAGGAAUUUCUUUUACAUCUGGACGAGACUUUAGCCUUAGGACGAAAAUUUAUAAUUCAAGAUCUGGAUGAAAGACAUUUGUUUAUUUCUGUUGACAUCUUAGAUACUUUGCAAGCAAAAGUAGACGAUCUUAUGGAUCAAAUAUCGUUUCCAAUAGCAGAGAAAGGAAUAUAA